UCAGCAUAUCUUCCAACGUUUUAUUCUCAAUCCUUUCACGACACACACGUAUCCAUCAUGGUCCGCGCAUUAACCAAGGUCGUCUACAAGCCCGACUCGCAGUCCACCGACGAGUUCACGGUCAUCGUCAACCCGGCAGAGUUCAAGAAAUGGAAAGAGGGAGGCACAACGAUUGCGCUCACGGAAGUGGUUGAUUCCUUCCAGGUGUUCUUUUCGAACCAGGGCGCGCAGGGCAUCCUCGGGACGCCGUCGAAACAGCAGCUGGAGAACGUGUUCGGGUCGAGCAAGGACGUGGACGUGAUUGAGCGGAUCCUGAAGCAGGGCCAGGAACAGGCGGGGAAGGGGGUGACGGCGGGGACGACGGGGCUGAACGUCGGGAAGAGCAACUCGGUGAUCGACACGAGGGGCAAGGGCGUGUCUGGCGUGCCGUAAGGGGGACGUCAGUGCUCAGUAGUGUAUCAUGAGUCUGUAUGUUGCCAGGCGGAAUAACGACUGGACUUUGUAUAUAUUAUGAUCCCCGUACUCUGCUCCGACAUGCCAGUCCUA